AUGGCAGACAAUUCCUUGAUGAUGGCAGAUAUGAUCGGUAAGUUGAUGGACAUGCAACAGCAACUUGCGCAUAAGCAAUCUUCUAGCCGGGACCUUCAACAAAAAAUCAAUAACCUCCACUUGGUUGUUGACAACAUCUGCCGAUCAUUUCAGAAGAUUGGCGACCUUCCAACUCUUAGGGUUGACGCAGAUGAUCAAACUGCUGUCAUCUUAGCACCCACUGAGAAGGCACACCGCUCCUUCCUGGGAUCUUUCUUCCUCAAGAGAGCCAAGCACAAUCCAUUGCCGUGGAUGAAGCAUGAUUCCGACCAGCAACAAGAGGAAAUAUCCCAACCAACUAAACAGCAGGCCCCAAAGCACAAGUCUGAGAGUCGCGUCGAGAAGGCGAAGAGCAUGAGUAAUGCGAAAGGCAUGUUCGCUCCACGCGCUCCACUUUCCGAAAAGAGCACAAAUGCCCCGGCAACAUCUCAACUUUUCAGUAAGGGCCCGAAGUCUGAGGCUAAGAAUCUGCAUCAAAGAAAGUUUCGGAGUCUUGCACGAGUUGGAUCUAGUCUGCUGCAGGAUUUGCAAAAUCUUGCUGCAGAAAAGCCCGCUCCGACUGAAGACUCAUUCAAAUUUCCAACUCUGGCCUACAGACCAAGACCAGCUUUGAGCAAUGCUCUCUUCGAACCUCCGGGUUCUUCCAAAACCAGUUAUGGAAAGCUCGCAAUCUCCGAUAAUUUUGAUGCCAAAGAGAACAAAGGAAGAUGAGGGCAGAAGUGAUUACUCUGCAUGGAGUGCACCUAGGUAAUAGUGAAGGCGG